AUGCGGGCCUUCAGUGUAGACUCGGGGAGUCUAGUGUCUGGAAGUGAAGUGUCGAUGAACGAUGCGGCCCACACUGCUCUGAGCCGAAACACAUCCAAGAACACUAUUGGUGAUACCAGCCAAAUGAGCUUCAUGGGGUUUCUGCAAACCUACGCCAGUACCGGAAUACCAGAACCAUCAGAAGACACGGACACAGACGCAGGUACAGUCACACCGCCUGUUCAACUAGCGUCAGUGUAG